AUGAAGGGACUGUUCGUCUCUCUUCUGCUCAGCGGCCUCUGCCAGGCUGUUCGAGUAUACCUCCAUCCUGACCCUUCGCUUCCUCCCCGCCUCUCGACCAACCACGCCGGCGCCGUCCUUUCGUCUCAUCUUGGUCUGGAACGGUUCGAGGAUGCCGUCCCGGCAUUCUUUGGGGAGCAAGAGGUGAUGGUCGGAGCGGGGCUUGGUACAGGACUUCUGUUGACCAUUAGUGAAGAGGACGUCCACGACGUCGUCCCUCACGCUCUCAAGAAGUCCUCCUUCUCCGUCUCCUCCGUGAACCCCGAUUCUCUUUCCUCCAUCAUACCCUCUUACCUUGACCGUGCGCACCAUGUCUACUCGCACGUAUACGAGAACUCCGCCUCCUCCCGUCUCGUCGCCUCAAUCAAGGACUUCCUCGACGGCGACUACGCCCCCGACCGCUUUGCCGCGUUCGACCUCUCUGCCCUCUCCACUCUCAAGCACACACUCGGCGCGGACGAUGAGUCCGUCGUUGCCGCCUACACCGCUCUCCACUCCACCCUUGUCUCCCUCCUAGCCCGCCCGGACGUCAAGCUCGCGCUGGUCUCCGUGCCCACGCCCGGCGCCGGCCUCGCCCGGCGCCAGCAGCCCCCGCAGUCGCCGCUCCCUCCGUCGCUCCCCGGCUCGGAGCCUAUCGACUCGAUCUCGACGUGCUACUCGAGCGCGGAUGUGUGCGGGAACGCGACGAGCGCAUGCAGCGGCCACGGCACGUGCACCGGCGCGAGCAAGGCGGGGCGGACGUGCUUCGUGUGCGCGUGCUCGACCACGAAGGACGCGAAGGGCCGGCGGGAGAACUGGGCGGGCCGCGCGUGCGAGCGCAAGGACGUGAGCGGGCCGUUUGUUCUCCUCGCCGGCACGACGGUUGCGCUCCUGCUUCUCGUUGGGGGGUCCGUUGCGCUUCUUGGUGCGGUUGGGAGCGACAAGUUGCCCAGCGUUCUGAUUGGUGGUGUUGCGCACAGCAAUCACUGA